AUGUCUGCUUUUACGGCUCUCAAUGUCGAACCCGAAGACACAUUUGAAGAAGAGAUCGAUGACACGCGAGAGAUUCAACUUGAAGAGGCCUUUAAACUUUAUCAAAAUGCCCUGAAACUUCAUUCUCAAGGCCCCGAGUACUUUCAAGAAGCCAAGGAUGCUUACGACGAACUCCUGCGGUCCGAGGUCUUCAAAUACCCAGAUGUGGUCUCGGACUUUCAACAUGACGAGCUCGACGAUGAGGCGACAAUCGCCGCCGCUCAGGUAGACCCCGGUGCACUCGCUCUGCUCCCGAGCAGUGCCGCGGAAUCCUCCGCAAGUUCGGUUCCUCAACUUCUCUAUCUCGCCUACAAGAACAGGGGUCAGUUUCUCUUGGAUGUUGCUCGCCAUCAAGUCCCAAAUCAGAAGGCCUCUCGCCCCGAGGUUUGUCAAUACUAUGCCAAGUCCUGCAAGGAAGGCCUUCAACAGUUCGCAAAAGCUCUUGAGCGCGAUGAUACCGAUCUCGACUCCUGGAAGAAAGCUGCCCGUGUGGCAGAUGUACUGUCCACCCAGCGAAUAUCACGGUUCUGCUUGGAGAGCGUCCUAGCUGGUGAGGAUGAGGAUGGCGAACAAACCAUCGACUUAUCAGGUCUCGAUGAAGCCUUUGCAGCUGGAGAACUUGAGGAGGUACUCGAGCUGGUGCAAGAUGACCUGAGCCGUCUUCAAAGUUCAGAUGCGAAGCCCAAAGAGACGCUUCUGAGUGUGUUGAAGAAAUCAAAUGACCCAUACCCUUUCCUACCCAAGCACGCCACGACUCUCGAAUACCCUGAUGACAGGUAUCGCCCUCUUAGCGUUGCGCCAGGUCAAAUCUCUCUACGACCGAGCUCUCCUGAUCUUUAUUCCCUUGGCGAGGAGAUUUUUGAGAUUGUGGAAAAGCUUGAAGAGGGUACCACCACCCUCAACGGCAUCGAUCUCAGCAGCGCCACUACGAUUAAAAUAGAUCUGACUACGACAGACCACGAGGUUGAAAUGGCACCAACAUCUGACAGUGCAGCCAAGGAGGGCGACAUCCCGGGCUCUGGCCAGGACGAAGCGUCGCAGAGUCCUGUCCAAGAUCCAGCAGAGACAGGAAUCGAGAUUGAGCCGCUACCUGAAAAGGACUCGCCACGUGAUCAAGUUGCCGCCGAAACGGGCGAAGCAAAACCACGAGAGAACGAAAAGAUGGGGUUCUUGCCGGAUGGAGACACAAUCGAGGAGCGAUCGUUUGUUGCAGCGCCAUCACGGAAGCGGUCAACGACUGUUGCUGGUAACGAUGAAACCGAAGGGCGAGCAAAGAGUAAAAGACUACGAGCGAGAGAAUCAAUGGCUGACCAAAACGCUCAAGAGGAUGAAGCGUCGCACGAAGAUCCCCAGUACUUCUUGGAACAACUCGCCAUCUUCGAACAAGCGGACCAAGCUACAUUCGAUGUAGCUAAUUCCCUUCUCACUCAGCUCGGGAUGGAGCUAUACUUGUCAACAGAGCAAGCUAAGCAAGCUUUCUGGACGGGUACAGAUGAGAAAGCGAAUGAAAGAGGUUCCGAAAGUUCCCAGGAAGACCUACAACUGUCUUCAGACCUGCGCUUGAUUUUGAUGAGCUGGUCGGACGACAAGGGCCAUGCCAUUGUCAACGGUCAUGGUACCCAGGAUUUUCUUGAGAAAGCAAGUGGCAUGUCUUUGUUCCUGCAGCACCUUAAACCUGCCAUUCCGAAGGAGAUAGAGCGCCCGAGGAGCUCGGACAAAGUUGUCCUAGGCCGGCUCGUCACUUCAAUCAAUGCUGAACACACAAAUAUCUACAAGGCGGCAAGCUCCUGGUUGUCUGCGGUCCUCACUGGCUCGAGCAACAUGGACAAGCCAUGUCCAUCGCCCUAUCUAAGUGAGAAAUGGAGUGUCAAUAUGAAACACAUGGUCGGUGAGUUGGCGCGCACAAUGGAGGGAUAUCUAUGGGAGCUUUUCCGCCAGCGCCUUUCCUCCCUUUCCAAAUCGAGCCAAGAGCAGGUCGAUGGAGUCGACUCGGAAGUCCGCUCAUCUGUCGAACUCGUCCAGACCCUUUUCGAGAUGUUUCUAGAUACGGCUGCUGCGACUUCCGAUCUGGGCGGAGACAUUGACCAUGCAGAUCGGAUCAGGCACGCUGACCGCAUGAAGAGAUGGUCAAGUCUCGCGAGCGAGUUCAUGCAACUUUAUCUCAACAAUCCCGCUCUUGGGCUGAACGAUCCUCUAAUUCUCCGCUUUAUCUGGGCAUCAGUUGCCCAAGCCAGGCUGGACGACAAUGUCGCCAAAGAACAUAUUGUAUCAUUGCUCGAAGAGCUCAAAGCCUUGUUGGAGAAGACAAACGCCGACCCGAUCUUUCUGCCAAACAAUACUGUGAUGUCUGUCAUCUCUGUGGCGGCCAUUGAUCGAGAGCUAUCGGCUCUCAGUACGCGUGAUUUCUUCACAAGCGUGUUCGACGACGAUAACAACGACCCCGUGGCAGUAAUCGAGAAAUUGGAACCCAUCCUGGAGUCAACCCCUGAACCCAGAGAAGGGGUUACCACUUUCCAGCCUUUGACUCAGGCAGAAGAGCUCAUCCAAUUUCUUGAGUCCGGCGACGCGGCACUCAAAUUGUACUUGUGGAGACGCCUUCAGAACGCUUACACGGCGAUUUUAUAUACUCCCAAAGUCGUUUCUUGUCUUCUGCGAUCGAUUGAGACGAUUGUCAAGGAACUGUAUACCACGCGGCAUCUCGAAAUGGAACCAACUAUACGACAGAUCUCCAUGCUCAAAUGGUUACAUGAUGCGGACGAGAUGAUGAUCAGAGUAUUGGCAAAAGUUCUCACCGACUCUAGCCCGUUUGAAUGUGUUGACGGAGCCCAUCUUCGUUCAUCGUUGGAAGCAGUCGUUAGGCUUGUGAAGCUCCUCCAUGGGUUUGUCAUCUACGAAGAUUCCACACGCGUUGGUCAGUCUACCGGGCCUCAACUCAAAGGCGCGAAUUCCACGAAACUGUACGAGAAGAGCAAGGAUCGUUUCAGAGAAAUGCUCGUCCGCGCAUGGACUUUGCAAUAUACACUAUUGAAGGAGGCGACUGUCCAAGAACCUUCGCUUUAUCCGCGAGCAGCAGACGACUUGGCAGAAUAUCUCUGCACGGUCCACAACUCUUUCGGCGUCCGACAGUACUGCAAAUAUGCGAAUAAAUCCUUUGUAAAGUUGGUCAAGUCCGAGUUGGGAAAUCUCGCUACGGAACAGGACUAUACUGGCGAGAUUGCUCAAGUCUUCUUUGAUCUCUAUCAGCUUCGCAUUGCCAGUGGUGUUGGAGACGUCGACCAUGGCUGUCCUCCGGAAAACCUGGACAAGAAGACGGCCUGGUCCUUGAUCCCCACGAUCAUGAAAUAUGCUGAACGUUUUAACGUCAGAGACCUGAACAAGAGCGAGCUCAAAGCCACAAUUGACAAAAUGCAGCAAGCUCUAGGAGUGAUGAAGAGCCCUCCCACGUUGCAGCAAAACAAGCGAAUCAUUUCUUCGUAUCUCAAAUCGAUCGUCAAUGCAAAUGACUUGUACCGCUGCAUCAGAGGUAUCGGUGAUCUGCCAACACGGGUUGUGCAAGCGGACACGCAGAUUGCGGCAAACAGUGGCUGGUAUUUCAUGCUUGGACAUCUUACGCUUUCGAAAUACAAGUCGAUAAAAAGAGUCAAUCCAACGCCAACCGACGACUUGGAUGUUGCAGCGAGUUUCUUCCGUCAGGACCUGGAUCACAACAUUGAAAGAUGGGAAAGUUGGUAUCGUUUGGCACAAGUCUACGAGGCCAAGAUUGAAGACGACUUGAUCUGGAAUUCCACCAAACUCAAUGAAUCAAGGACCGAGAUUGCUCUGCUGGAGCGCCAAGCGAUUCACAGCUACAUCAUGGCUACUGCAGUAGCCUUGCGCUCCGCUGAUAACCGACCGGAAACUGUGGAGAAGGUUGAGGACAUGCUCACAGAGUUUGCAACGCGCUUGUAUGCAUCCUCUCGCCCUCCGCUGAAUAUGGAAGCGUUCCGUACCGACAAACAUAUACGCCACAUGAGCAGCAUCAUUGACAUGAGAAUGUCCAAGCAACCCUAUCACAAGCCCGUCGGACAGUAUUCUCUGUGGCAUUUCGCAGCUUAUCUUCUCGGAAGAAAGCUGACGGAUCGGCCCAAACCAUGGACAUCCCACUACACACGCGCGAAGUGUCUGUGGAAGAUGUUUCGAAGCUCGGAAAACCGAGGCCGUGUCACCGCGGAAGCUGUUGUAGAGGCCAUUAUCGAGGCCAUUGACGCUCUCCCUAAGAAGGAGAAGUCCAAUGAACCGAUUUUGGAACCUCAUUUCAAACUUGUGUCGAUUGUUCACAAGAUGGUGAGAAAACAAGAGAUCUCGCAUGCACAAGCCUACCAGUACCUACAAGCAUCGCGGUAUGCGGAAGGCGUGCCUUUGCCCGAGGAUGAACAAGGAGUCGAUUGGGUGGGAUACAUGCUGGACAUCUUGAAAAAACUUGGGCAUGCGGACAAGUCCAAUUGGCACCAUCGAAUCACAGACCGCGCGGCCCAUGUGAUCUUUGACGAUGAUCCGACUGUCGCCGGGGCACUUGGUGCUAAGCAUCAGUUCACACAACAGAUAUUCACCAAAACCAUGACGAUGCAGGUUUGGAAGCCUGAAUUUGAGCGGCCAGGGCGUCAUUAUGUUUACACUGGGCGAUACAUCUCUUUCUUCGUGCACCUUCUGGAGCAACUCAGCGACCGCGCAAACCUGGACCUGCUGGUCCGCCGCGUUCGGAGGAAGACGGGGGACUUUCUCGAUCACACUGCGGUCUGGGAAGAGGUGGCCACAACCUAUGUGCGGCUGCUGAGACGACUAGGCAAGAUACCCGAAGGUCGAGAACGAGCGUUAUUCGACGGCAUGAACCAUGAAGAAUUCACCAAGAAGUCAGAGAUGAUGGAGAAAUGGGCUCAUGAUCCCGACACGACCUCAGUAUAUUUGGAUAUUAUGCGAGACGGCAUCGACUUGAAACGUCUCAAUAAUAGUUUGCUGAAAGGCCCCGUCAUUGACGACCUCAUAGGGGAUUCUUACGCUUGUCUUUACGACGAAUUUAUCAAGCAAUUGCCACCUGAAGACCAGCCCAAGCCACAGCCCGCUGCCCUUCCACAAGGCACGUUCAUAAACAUGACGACCGACUUCGCUGCUGGUGGCGACGAUGCUGCCGAACGUGCCCGUCUUGCCAACGUGCUCCGCGCUCAAGGCGACGGUGCUGCUGACGGACCAUUGUCUGUGUCAAUCUCAGCGCCUGUAGGACUUGGGCUUCAAAAUUCACCCACUCCUUUCUCGGUUGCAAGUGGCCAACCAAUCCCCGAAGUUCAGCGCGAACGAGCCAGACCCGGACGUACAAAGACAGUCACCCGGCGUGAGAUCCAGCGCAAAGCGGAGGCCGCCAUUGUGAAGCCACCGCCAAUCAAGACGCCCAUACUUUCCAAGCAACCUAUCGUGGAGUUGCCUUCCAAGACAGAAGUUGGAACAGAAGCACCAAUUGACAAACGGCUGGCCGAAACCAAGGACGAAGACAUAGACGGGAGCAGAGCAAGCUCAAGACGGGGCUCUAUUCAGGACAGUGCGGAUGGAGAAGCCGACGCAGAAGAUUCUGGAAGUGAGCUUAGUGAGCUCGAAGAUAUGGACGAAGACAAGAAGCACAUGCUUGAAGAGUACGAGAUAUCCAGGGAGAAUGCCGACGAUGGAGGCGAAGAUGCAGCUGAAGAUGCAGCUGAAGACAAUGACGGCACAGAAGACGACGACGAGGAAAUGCAUGAUGCAGAGGAUGAGAUCGAGAUUCAAGACUCGCAGGGAAACAUUGGUAAUGUUGCACGAGAGAACAAAGGCAGCAGCCCGGGCGACGACGAACAAGAGUUUCAUGAAGCACGACAGGAACACACCGACACAGUGGACUAG